CUUAAGUGUCAUUACGAUCAAACAAAGUGUGUCACUGCAAAGGAAUUCAUGUUUUUUUAUUUCUUUAUUAGUAAAGUAAUGUUGCAAAAAACAUGCGGUCUUUUUGAACCAUAGCCUGUCGCCGCCGUAUUGGCCUUAAAGUUAUUAAGUGGCGAGGAUCCGACAAUAAAAUGGCGAGUGAGAGUGGCACCUCCUACUAUCAGGGAGGGAUGUCUAAUAGAAACUCAUUUGGAGAGAUCAACAUUCGGUAUGGGAUUGAAGCCGACGUGUCUGAUGCUGACAGACAGCAGCGGCUGGAGGAAGUGCGUGAACAGCUGCGGAAGGAGAUCCGCAAGGAGAUGAAGAUAAAGGAGGGAGCGGAGAAGAUGCGGGAGGCGUCCAAGGACAAGAAGAGUCUGAACAGCAUUGUAAAACAGGCCAACAACAAGCUACAGGACCUGCAACAGGAGCUGCACGAAGUCAGCUCUUACAUGCUCCUGGCCAAUGCGGCAUUCUCACCAGACACAUUCUCAGAACAUGUAAAAUCUCCGGAAAGAGAUGGCCAUGGCGAACAGUCUAACAUCGAUCAUCGGAAAACUCUUUUGCAGAAACAGCUCAAUAUAGAAUUAAAAGUAAAGCAGGGAGCUGAGAACAUGAUAGCGAUGUACAGUACAGGGUCUUCCCGCGACAAGAAGCUGCUGGCCGAGGCCCAGGAGAUGUUGAUAGACGCCAAGACAAAGAUUGAGAUCAUUCGGAUGCAAAUGAUAAAAGUGGGACAGGACACCGUCAUUGCUGACACUGAUGCUGGUCAUCGCUGUGAAGUUCUGUCUCCACUAGAGCUGCGAAUUGAGGAACUGCGGCAUCAUCUGCGAAUAGAGGCUGCUGUGUCCGAAGGUGCAAAGAAUGUGAUCCGCUUGUUGCAGAACAAUAAAUCUGAAGACAAGAAGGCUCUUAAAGAGGCUCAGACGAAUCUGAGUGAGUCGAGCCAGAAGCUGGAGUUGAUGAAGAUAUCUCUGGAGAAACGUCUGACGGAGCUGGAACCGUACUCCGGGAGGGUGGAGGUGCUCAAGGAGGAGCUCAAUGAACUGAUGCACCCGGCGUACACGGGCCAGCGGAUGUCGCACGCAUCACUGCAUAAAAACUCACCGCUAUCCAAGGCAGCGUCACUGACAGGAAAACUGGAAGUCAGAUUGGUGGGUGUUCAAGGUUUGUUGGAGGAAUUCCCAACACGACGGAAAGAUACGUUGCAGCUGCUAAUGUCAAGUCCUGGAGAAAGUCGCAGUCUUCUUAGACGAGGCAGUAGUAAAAUUUACAACAUUAAAGACGAAAUAUCGAAUGAAGUAAUGGCUGUGUUGAAGCUGGACAAUCAGCAGGUCGUACAGACAGGCUGGAAAGCCUGUAGUCAGCAGUGCUGGGAUCACAGAUACACGAUAGACCUCGAUCGGUCGCGGGAGCUAGAAAUUGCUAUUCUUUGGAGAGACUGGCGUCAGAUGUGUGCUGUUAAGUUUUUACGACUUGAGGACUUCCUUAUCGACAAGAGACACGGAAUAACAAUCCAUCUCGAACCUCAAGGAAUCUUAUUUGCUGAGAUAACCUUUAUCAACCCCACGUUGUCACGGAAACCGAAACUUCAAAGACAGAGGAGAAUAUUUCCGAAGCACAAGGGCAAAAACUUCCUGCGUCCUGGCCAGAUGAAUAUUAAUGUGGCCACCUGGGGAAGAUUGAUGAAACGAGCUCUACCGCCAAACUGUGCAGACACCAACAUUUCAAGUCCUCCAACUAAUAUUACAUCUCCAGGUAUUAUGUCCGCUGAUCGUGGUCCAGCCGUACAUGAAAUUAGCUUCGAGCCGCCCACACCGUCAAAAGACACUGAGGUCAGCGAGCGACUGAGUUUCGUGCCAGCUAGCGAAGAGUCACCCGAGAAAGACGUAAAACAAGCUCUUUCAAAUUUCGACUUCUUGAGUGAAGACCAGAUCAGUUCUCCAAACAAUUCUGACAUUAAGUUAGAGAAUACAAAUGAAAUUAUUUCCCAUAAAAAGUCGCGAGCACCGUCUCCGCCUCGGAACACAUCGACACAUUUCAUACAGGAAAAAGUGAAACCACCUCCGCCACCAAGACGACUAGAUUUGAGUAAUCAACCAUGUAACAUGGAGGACUUCAGGUGUAUCAGUGUUCUUGGACGUGGACAUUUCGGAAAGGUGCUGCUGUCCGAGUACCGUCGGACAGGUGAGUACUUCGCCAUCAAGGCGCUAAAGAAGGGCGACAUCAUCGCACGGGACGAGGUCGAGAGCCUCAUGUCGGAGAAGCGAAUCUUUGAGGUGAUCAACGAGAUGAGACACCCGUUCCUCGUCAAUAUGUUCGCCUGUUUCCAGACAGAGGAACACGUUUGUUUUGUUAUGGAGUACGCAUGUGGUGGAGAUCUUAUGAUGCAUAUUCAUAACGACGUCUUCACCGAACCUCGAACCGUCUUCUAUGCCGGCUGUGUGGUGCUAGGAUUAAAAUAUUUACAUGAGCAUAAUAUAGUGUACAGAGAUUUAAAGUUGGACAACCUGCUGCUAGAUACGGAGGGUUAUUUGAAGAUUGCUGACUUUGGCCUGUGUAAGGAAUCAAUGGGUUUCGGCGACCGGACGAGCACAUUCUGCGGGACUCCCGAGUUCCUCGCCCCGGAAGUGCUGACAGAAACGUCAUACACGAGAUCGGUUGACUGGUGGGGCCUCGGGGUUCUCAUAUACGAGAUGAUGGUUGGAGAGUCCCCGUUCCCCGGUGAUGAUGAAGAGGAGGUGUUUGACAGUAUUGUUAACGAGGAGGUGCGCUAUCCCCGCUUCCUAUCCACUGAGGCCAUCGCCAUCAUGAGACGGUUAUUAAGAAGAAACCCGGACCGUAGACUUGGUUCCAGUGAGAGAGAUGCAGAAGAUGUUAAAAAACAGGCAUUCUUUAGGAAUCUUGUAUGGAAUGAUUUGUUGAUGAAGAAAAUGAAACCCCCAUUUGUUCCCUCUUUGAAAGGACCCGAGGACGUGACAAACUUUGAUGAAGAGUUCACCAACGAGAAAGCAAUUCUGACCCCGGCCAAAGACCACCGGUUGCUGACGUUUGAGGAACACGAUCUGUUUAAAGACUUCUCAUACAUUGCAGACUGGUGCUGAAUGCAACAUCUAGACAACGUACGACAAUAAAUGUAGCAACCCAGUGAUGCUAAUGUGUCGCCAUAGAAACACUAAUGCUCAGCUUCUCUUGGUGUUACUAAAACUAGACCAGUACCAAGCAGCCUGUAAUUGGCGCAAAGACUUCUUAAAGAAGCGAAAUACCUCCUGUAGAUGAUUGGUGUAAAGGAAUGUUAUUCCUCUAGAUAAUUGGUGUGAAGGAAUGUUAUUCCUGUAGAUGAUUGAUGUGAAGGAAUGUUAUUCCGUGUUCAGCUGGUGCUUACUUCAUUAGAUGAAAAACAGCCAAAAGAAGGUCUGGAGAUUUGUCUAGUGUGCUUCAUGUGAGAUUUGUAUGGAAUUUAAAUACAAACUCCUCCAGGAAAAAUAGUAUCUAUCAUUACCAGGAAAGAUUAGAUUCUAACAGUACCACAGGCCUCUAAUAAGUGAAACUUGGCAUAAACCAUUUGGAUAUUAGGGCCCUUAUCCCCAAUUUGGUUUUUUUAGGUAAUCCUUCAUUUUGAUUAACAUUUUACAUCCUAAGUUUAAUUCACGCACAAAAAUGUAAAAGAAAAAGUAAACUUUCGGGCGUCGGACAAAGAAACUGUAGAUUUCUGUGUUCAGAGGCCAGAGCCUGGCGAUAAGGGAUUCUGACAUGACAUGGAAAAGUAGGAUUCUAAUGUUAGAAAAAUAUUCCAACAUUACGAACAUCCUGACAUAGACAGGGUAAAUAGGGUUGUUUUUUCAUCCUGCCAUUGUUAGUAAAACAAUUUUGACUUGGGUGGAGGGAGGGGGUGGGGGUGAUUUAAAUCUAACAUGGUCACAAAAAGUGUAAUUCUGAAAGUAACAGGAAGUGGUAUUCUGACAUGGUGAGGUGGUAAAUAAGGUGCAAGUUAUGUUGACUGGAGAAAAAGAAUGCAAAGUUAUCUUUUAAAGAUAUCUGAUGACUUGUAAUGUAUGACUGUUGGAUGAUAUCUGAUGACAUUCAUUAUAAUUUAUUCAUUAUGAACUACCAAAUUAACACAAAUGAUUCAGCAGGACAUCUUUUCCGUAGCUCAGUGGUGUUUUAGUUUUCAUAAGAAUAACCCUUUAAAUAAUGUCAGUGUAACUGAUUAGUAGGUUAUGUGAUAUUCUCAGUUGUAAACAAUUCGGUUACUACUUUAUUAUAUAAUUUUCUCGAAGGUAAAAUAGGUUGCCAAACAGAAUGGACACCAGAUGAAUGUAUCAUACUUAACACCAGAAUGUUUGGUCAGUAAAUUUCAGUGUCUUUAGAUGUUUAGUAGGACCCAGUUAAUUCCCUCAAAAUGUUAAUGCCAUUAAAAUGGUGUCCGUAUAAAUUUCAGCACCACAAGAAAUAAGACAAUUGUAAUUUGAACCAUAUUGUUUCGUAUGGGUAUUAGUUGUUAUAGUAAGUGCUGUGGCCUGUGAAAAUCUUGAAAACCAUGCAAAACGAACAAAAACAGAUUGCAAUUGAAGCAUCGGUGACGGGGGCGAAACAUCAAAACAUAACUGAAGCAAAACCUGAGUAAUCGAUCGUGACUUAUUUUGAGGGCUGUACAAAGCAAGCUAACUUAAAUGUUUAAAGACUAUCUUCUUGACCAUUUGUGUGGUGAUGAAAAUAAUCCAGAUUUCUCCCCAAUUCAAGAUUUCAUCAUCACCUGAAAACUUUCAUGCCAGGACCCCAAUCUUGAAGACUCCGAUUUGUUUUCUGAUGUCCUUUUUAUCUCUGGUUGUAUCUAAUGGUCAUCACACACCUACUGACAAGACAGUCACAUUGGCAGUAUUGCAACCUGCUUUAUAAGUGGGUAUUGUUAUGCUGGGUAAAAACAUGGCAGUUGUAUCUAAUCUGCAGUUUUGUCAAAUCAUCUUCCAUUAAAACUUGGAUUACGCUGACACAACUGUCAAAUUGGCUUGUGUGUUUUGGCGGUGGUCAUUUUCAUACUACUGCCAACGUGCUGUCAAGUCGGCAUUAAUCAGCAGGUGUGUGAUGAUCAUUAAUCACCUUUGAAAAUAAGAUAACCGAAAUAUGCCACAGUAUUUGGUCCUCUUAUAACAUUUCUGACUAAUACUUUUAUUUAUAUCUAGUCAUUAGAAUGUGAAUAGUCUGCUGUUAUGAUCAUUUGUUAUCCUCGUAAAAACUAAGAACACAUAUAUUUAAAGGUUAUAAAUCUUAAAUAUGUUAACAGUAAUUUAUUUUGCUUUACCUUGUGCUUCACCUUUUGUUCUAGAGCUCCACCCUUUUUCAGGGGUCCGCCCUUUAUUGAUUGAUUGAUUUCAACUUAUUUUCGUGCUUAUAUCCAAUUAAGGUUCAAGCACGCUGUCUUGGGCACACAUUGAGCUAUCUGGGCUGCCUGUCCAGGACAGUGGGAGGUUUGU